AUGUUUGACAUAACAAAUGCAAACGUUGGUGAAACAAGAAGAGCUGUACCACAUGAAGUAAGAAGAGAAAUGUUUGACAUAACAAAUGCAAACGUUGGUGAAACACGAAAGAGAGAUGACACACUGAAACAACAGAGAAGAGAGAUGUUUAAAAGUGCUAUAGAACAAGUUCGCAAAGCUAACGAUGUCAUUCGUUCCAUUGACGACAAACCAAAAGAAGGUGAGAGAUGGUUAAAGAAAGAUGAAGAGAAUAGGAAGAGAAAUGUGAAGUCAGGCAAUAGACUCAUUGACUUUAACAUCGAAGCUUUAGAUGAACCAAACAGAGACUACUUACACAAACAUUUCGGUAAGGUUUUCAUGAGACUCUUAGAGAAAAUUAAAAUAAACUCCCAACAGAGAUGGAUGGUAUGUUAUAAACUUGGUGGAAAGUAUGAAUGUUCUACGUUAAACCUCAAUAAUAUUGGAACAUUACUACAUCAGCUCUUGAAGGAGAACUUUAUAUCAGAGAUAGAAGCAAAUGCUGCAGGUAUUGUUGAAAUGCACUAUGACUUCUUCUUGACAAACAUAAAGAAUCUUACCGAAAUAAAGAUGUAUGAUUUAACAGAAUAUGAAGGCUUAACGAUGUCAGAUGUAAAGAAAGGCAAACCAAAAAAGAGACCAUAUAGAGAUGAAAGCACACUGACAAAUGACCAGAAAGCCAUUUUGGAAGCUCUUAAGCAAACAGGAAACCCAGCACUUAUAGAAAGCUUUUGGAAAGAUAAUGGUGAAAAGAAGUUUUAUAAGAAGAGAAGCGGUCAGUUCUGGAAGUAUCUUUGCACAUUACCUAUAAAUCUUGAACGCUACCAAAUCUUCAAUGAACUGA